AUGCCUCCCCGUCGACCCCCUCCAGCCGUUCAAAACGAUCUUCACCGCGAGGUGGAGCGUCUGUCUCAACAAUUUGAAAAUUUAUGCGCCCAGAAUCAGGAGAUUCUUAACCUGUUGCAUAACGCCGCACAUCGUGACGAUCGUCAUCAUCACCGUCGCGCUCGCACACCUAACUCCGAUGAGGACACAGUCACCAUGGAAAACCCUUUUGCCUCCUUGGAUGAUGAUGUCCGCGGUGAUGAGAGUCGCCGUUGGGAAGCAGGUUUUCGUCUCGAUAUUCCAGAAUUUUCAGGCGAAUCUGGUGCUGAGGCUUUUCUCGAUUGGCUACAUGAGGUUGAGGAUAUUUUGGAUUUCAAACGUGUGCCUGAAGAUCGACGUGUGUCGUUGAUCGUCACCCGCUUUCGUGGCAGAGCAUCUGCUUGGUGGCACCAGUUUAAGUUACUUCGUCAACGUCAGGGCAAGCCUAAAUUGACGUCGUGGUCGAAACUACUUAAACACCUCCGUCUGGAGUUUCUGCCAUUUAACUACACUCGAACUUUAUAUCAACGACUCCAAAAUCUUCGUCAAGGACCACGUUCUGUGGAUGAGUACUCCAAGGAGUUUCACCAACUCUUAGCGCGGAACGAUUUAUCUGAAACCACAGAUCAGAUCGUGUCCCGCUACAUUGGCGGUCUUCGUACUCCUUUUCAAGAUUCUCUCAACAUGUUUGCCCCGGUCUCCGUUUCAGAAGCUCAUCAACGAGCCUUAUUGCUCGAACAACAAUUAUCUCGCCGUCCUGCACCUGCUCGCAUUCCUACUAAUGACCCUCCGCCUCCUCGCCCGCCGGUUGCCAAUAAUCGUCCGAUUAAUUGCUUUCAUUGCGGAGAACCUGGCCACCGCCAAGCCAACUGCCCUAAAUUGCAGAAAUCUCGAGGGUUAUUAGCGGAUAAUCCUACGGACAUGGAGUACUCAGAACCACCAAUAUUUGAUGAUGAAGAGCAACAGAUGGUUUUUCCAGAAGAAUACCUCUCACCUGACGUUGGCAAUGCCCUCGUGCUUCGUCGCGCUUGUUUGACUCCUCGAGCUUCCGAUACUCAGGUCCAUCGCCACUUAUUAUUUCAAUCUGCUUGCACUAUUAACGGCAAGGUAUGUCGCUUCAUUAUUGAUACAGGAGCCUGUGAAAAUGUCAUUGCAUCAGAGGUGGUUAAAAAGCUUGCAAUUGCUGAUGAGCCUCAUCCGCAACCUUAUUCUUUGGCCUGGCUUCAGAAUGGUAACACUAUUUUAGUUAAUCGCCGAGCUAUGGUCACUUUUUCCAUUGGCUCUAAAUUCACUGAUACUAUUUGGUGUGACAUCGUUCCCAUGGACGCGUGUCACUUGUUAUUGGGUCGACCAUGGCAAUUUGAUCGGAGUAUUAUCUAUGAUGGCCGCCAUAAUACUUAUUCGUUCAUUUACGAGGGUGUUAAAUUGGUGCUUAUGCCCUCUGUGCCCUCUCCUGUUCCACCAACGCCGCCACCACACUCCAAUACUCCAGCUACUCAACAGAAUAAGGUACUUCUUCUCUCACGGAAACAAUUUUUCCGUGAAUGGGCACAUGACCAGCCUAUUUUUUUGCUCUUUUCUCAUGAGAUAUCCUCAUCAUCUACACCUCCUCCCAUGGUUUCUGCACUCUUAUCUGAAUUUCAAGACAUAUUUCCUGAGGACCUUCCUAGUGGCCUUCCUCCAUUGCGCGACAUCCAACAUCAUAUUGAUCUUGUUCCUGGCGCACAAUUACCGAAUCGACCCCACUAUCGCAUGAGUCCGUCUGAGCAUGAAGAGCUUCGGCGCCAGGUUGAACAAUUACUUCGCAAAGGCCUCAUUCGCCAAAGCUUAAGUCUGUGCGCUGUACCUGCUUUAUUAAUCCCUAAGAAAACAGGUGAUUGGCGCAUGUGUUGUGAUAGUCGAGCUAUCAAUAAGAUUACCAUCAGGUACAGUUUUCCAAUUCCUCGUUUAGACGAUUUGUUGGACCAAUUGUCAGGUGCUGUUGUGUUUAGCAAACUCGACUUGCGAAGCGGCUACCACCAAAUUCGAAUUCGUCCCGGUGACGAGUGGAAAACAGCAUUUAAAACGCGUGAAAGCCUAUUUGAAUGGUUAGUCGUUCCAUUUGGUUUAUCAAACGCGCCAAGCACUUUUAUGCGCGUCAUGAACCAAACUUUACGCCCUCUCAUUGGCAACUGUGUCGUCGUUUAUUUCGACGACAUUCUUAUUUAUAGCAAGUCAGUUUCGGAUCAUCUUGUUCAUCUGCGUGAAGUUCUUUUAAUCCUCCGUGCAGAACAUUUUUUUGCUUCACCGAACAAGUGCUGUUUUGCAGUUUCUUCUGUUCUCUUUUUGGGGUAUCAGAUUUCAGCCGAUGGAAUUCGCGUCGAUGAUUCUAAAAUUAUUGCUAUUCGCGAGUGGAAAACUCCAACUAAUUUGACUGAAGUUCGGAGCUUUCAUGGACUUGCAUCUUUCUACCGCCGUUUUAUAGCUCACUUUAGUGCUAUUGCUGCUCCUCUUACUGAUGUUAUGCAUGGGAAAACCUUUAUUUGGACUCCUGAGGCGGCGACUGCUUUUGAUCUCCUCAAAUCUAAACUUACUCAUGCACCUUUGCUCGCACUCCCUAAUUUUGAUAUGCCAUUUGAACUUUAUUGUGAUGCAUCCAAAACCGGCAUCGGGGCUGUCCUUAGCCAGGGCGGACAUCCUGUCGCCUACUUUAGUGAGAAAAUAACAGGCGCUCGUAUCCGCUAUAGCACUUACGAUGUUGAAUUUUAUGCUAUUUUGGUGUAUGCUGUCAUUCCUCGUGGUCCUGUGGAUUUAUUGCCUCUUCCUUCUUCACCUGCGGCAGCUCCAAGUGCCGCUGAACUUGUCACUAACCUUACGCAGCUGCACCAAACUGCUCGACAAAAUUUGGAAGCUGCUAAUGAUCGGUACAAGCGCGCUGCGGAUACUCACCGUCGUGAGUUGGCUUCCCGAAAAAUUGGCCCUCUAGAGAUUGUGGAGAAGAUUAAUCCAAAUGCAUAUCGUCUUCGUUUGCCCAGCCAUAUUCGCACCUCCGAUGUUUUUAAUGUUAAACACCUCAUUCCCUUUCAUGGUGAUAACAUUUCUGGAGAUGAAGUUCAAGCCGAUUCGAGGACGAAUCGUUUCAACGGAGGAGAGAAUGAUGGAGAUGAAGUUGCAACGUUAUUCUUGGCGAAAUAUGAUCCGCUUAAUAUCGAUUCAGACAAGGCCCGUGCUCUUUAG